AUGUCGCGUGUCACGCUCACCCGCCACAUCUCGAUCCAGCCGACGCGGGCGGAGCAGGCGGCCAGCGCCAGCACCGGCGCGGUCCUGACCAGCGUCUCCAUGUCUCCGCUCGAGGUGAUCAAGGUGCGGCAGCAGGCGGCACCCACGCUCUCCAUGCGGCAGGUCUUCUCGCGGAUGAUUCGCGAGGAGGGCACCCUCUCGCUCUGGAACGGCCUUCGGCCGACCCUGCUCAUGAACGUGCCUUCGACCGUCAUCUACCUGACGGUGUACGAGGAGGGGCGCGACCGACUCACGCCCAUCGCCGGCGGGGCCUGGGCGCCGCUCGGGGCGGGAGGCUCGGCGCGUGCGCUCGUGACGUCUCUCUUCUCGCCGCUGGAGCUCCUGCGCACGCGCAUGCAGGCGACGGGCUCCUCGGACGGCCUCGGCGCGACGGCGGCGAGGGUGGUGCGCUCUGGCGGCGUGGGUUCGCUGUGGACCGGGCUCGGCGCGUCGCUGUGGCGGGACGUGCCCUUCUCAUGCAUCUACUGGGCGCUGUACGAGGCGUUGCGCCGGCGCGCAAAGGCGACGCCCCCGCACGGCGAGGCGACGCACCCGCAGGGCGAGGUGACGACGAGCGCGGCCUUCCUCGCCGGCGCCGCCGCGGGCAGCGUCGCCGCGCUCGCGACGACGCCGCUCGACGUGGUCAAGACGCGGCAGCAGCUCGCGGCGGGGAGUGGCGCGGCGGCGGAGGGCGUGCUCAGCGUGGUGCGCAGCGAGGGCGCGGCGGCGCUCUUCGCCGGCGUGGUGCCGCGUGUCGCACGCGUGGCGCCCGCCAACGCAAUCAUGAUCUCGACCUACGAGCUCGGGAAGCGCACGCUGGCGCCGCUGCGGGAGCUGGCCCAGUCCCGAGCGGAGGAGUGUGCAGACGACUGGCAUUGCCCAAUCUGCACGGUGAAUGGCCGCUGA